AUGAUUCCAGUCUGCUUCCGUGCCCCCUGUGCCUGGAGCUGGGCAUCAAACACGUCCUUUUCACAGGAUGCUUCGGACACGACGCUUCCGCAGUUCGAGGAAGAGCUCCGAAAGUGCAACACGGAACAGGCCAUUAACGACAUCAUUGAGACGUAUGGCCAGCACUUCACGAAGGGGCAUGUUGUGGCGGCGCUCUACCAGUUGGGCCUCUGUCGGCAGAAGCCUCGAGACGAUUCGGAGCCCAAGAACACUGGCUUAGCCAUGGCCCUCCUAGAGAGAGUACUAACCAUCCAGUCAAAGUCGCUCACGGCAGAAGAGGCAAGCCGCGUCGUUUGGGCGCUGGCCGCUCUAGAGGAGGUCCAGAGAAACGACCGUGCCGCGGAGUAUGCGAUGGAGUUAGGUGGCCAAGCGCGGGCGAGGCUAUCCGAGUUCAACCCGGCCCAGAUGGCGACACUGGUCGGUGCACUCUCAAGGAUCGUGCGGAAAGCGCAGGACGACACUUUGGUGGCGGAUAUCACCACCAAAUUCUCCGAGUAUGCAUCCGGCAAUGGGAGCUUCCCGAAGUUUCCCGCGCAGGACCUGAAAAUUUGGACCCAGUUCUUGAUGGAGGCCGCGCAGCCUCCACAGCAGAACGCCAUGCCCCAGAUGCAGAUGCAGGGCAACCCCCAGGGCAACAUGGGCAUGAUGCCUCAGCAGGGGAUGCAGGGCAUGGGCCAGUUUCCGAACAUGCAGCAGCAGCAGAUGCAGGACAUGUCCAGCAUGGCCAUGCGCGGUGGUGGCGGCCAGUUCGCAAUGCAGGGCAUGGGCCAAGGCGGAGGAGGCAUGGGACAAGGCAUGGGCGGCUGCAUGGGCCAGGGGAUGGGAGGCAUGACGAUGCAGCAGUCCCAGCAAUUCAAUGAGCUUCAGAUGCAGCAGCUCCAGAGGCAAGCUGCUGGCUGCGGCGGCUGCCAAGGGAUGGGGCGCGGCAUGAUGCAGCAGCAGCAGAUGGCAGACUUGCAGAUGCGGGGCAUGGCCUCGGGCAUGCAAGGCCGGCGCGGGCUCAGUUUGCACCUUUGGUCAGUUCUCGAAACUAUGGUCCCCAAAACAAGAGGGGCCGCCGUAUAA